AAAAAAAAAAAACUAGAGAGAGAAGCAUCGGUAGAGAGAGAGAGAGAGAGACUCAGACCACAGUCUCUGUCUUCUCUCAUGCUUAUAAUCUCAAAAAACAUCAAUGACAUCUAUUUUGCGAGUUUUGAGAUGAUACAUCUAUAAAGGACCUCAAAGAUUCAAUCUUUUUUUUUCUUACAUGGAGAAGAAGAGAGAACACGAUCAUCAUCUUCUUCAGGUUCGGCUUCAUCGGGAGACCAGUAACAAGAACACAGCGGCGAAGAUCGAACAUUGCCACGGUCAGAUUCAGACAGCGCAACCCGCGAUCUCGAGCAUGGCGAAUCUGUUGUACUCUUCGUCGGAUCAAGAAUUAGCAGCUAGCAUGGGCUUGUCGAGCAUCUUCUUCGAUACGGCAUCGUAUUCGUAUUCGUGUUCCGACGACUUCGUCGUCCACGCUUCUAGCAAUUCUAAUUCCUUUAUGGAUUUGCUUCGACAAGAUCACCACCACUUUACUCCUUCCUCCUCCUCCUCUUCUUCUUUAUUCGAUUCUUUCCCUCUCCACAACAACCCUUUUUUUACGGAUUUGCCCUCGUAUCAUCAGCCUCAACCAUCUCAGGUCCCGGCAACGGCGGCGGCGGCUUCUCCUGGUUCCACGACGGCGACUGCGGCGGUGGAGUCGUCGGAGGUUCUGAACACUACCGCUCCGGCGUCGCCUAACACAUCCUCAGUUUCGUCGUCGUCGAACGAAGCCGGAAAUGAGAACAACACUGUGAAAGCUAGUGGUAGCGUUACAGAUCAGGAGGAACAAGAUCAACAGGAACGGAAAGGGACUAAGCAACAGUUAAAGGCGAAGAAGAACAACCAGAAGAAACCGAGGGAACCGAGGUUUGCGUUCCUAACGAAGAGUGACAUUGAUAACCUCGAUGACGGUUACCGGUGGAGAAAGUACGGACAAAAGGCCGUGAAAAACAGCCCUUAUCCCAGGAGCUAUUACCGUUGCACGACAGCGGGUUGCGGCGUGAAGAAGAGGGUAGAGAGAUCUUCCGACGAUCCUUCCAUCGUCAUGACGACCUACGAAGGCCAACACACCCACCCUUUCCCCAUCACGCCACGUGGACACAUCGGCAUCCUGAUGUCACCUUCCGACAUCACCGCCACGUCAUCCUUUGCGGCUCCACAGCCUCGGUGCUUGCUGACUCAGCAGCAAGCGCAGCAGCUUAUGCUGCAGCCGUACAUGUACAGUAGCAGAAGCUCUGCUGAUCAUCACAGUGGCGUUUUCGUAAAUACGGGCUCCGUGUUCAAUUUAGGAGAAGAGAAAGCUUCUUCUUCUUCUUCGUUAAGAGAUCAUGGAUUGCUUCAAGAUAUCAUUCCGUCUCAUAUCAGAUCGGAUAGUAACCAAAGGAAAGAAGAGGAGAAGAAAUCAUGAAAAAUGUUCUUUUAUAUGGUGGUACGUAUAUAUAUAUAUAUGCUCCUCAAACCCUUGUUUUUUUUUUCACGGGCCUAAUUAAUUUAUAUUUUGAACCUUUUGAAUCUCUUUUCGUAGGAGUUUCUUUCAUUAACUUUAUAGUUUUUCUUUUAUCAUUUACCUUCAAUUGUUGAACCGGCGGACUAUUUUGGGAGAUUUGUAUUAUAUGUAACAUAUUUAAAUAUUUUUGUUAAGUUAAUCGACGUA